AUGGAAUCUUCGGUGCCAGACGAGCCCGCCUCGCGGUCGACCCAAGAUGUCCCGAUUGUCGAUGACUCGAAACGACCUCCUGUGCCUCGCCUGAAUCCACGAAGUUGCAUCACCUGUCGGCGACGAAAAGUCCGGUGUAACAAGCAGGAUCCAUGCGCAAACUGUGUAAGAGCUGGGAUAGAAUGUAUAUUCCCUGCGCCGGGCAGGGCACCCCGAAAAUCCAGGAAGCCACCAGAUGCCGAGCUCCUGGCACGGCUGAAGAGACUGGAAGGCGUCGUCAACAGCCUGGGUGCUCAGGUAGAUGAGCAUGGCAUUGUCUCGCCGACUGUGGCAGGGACGGCAGACAUUCGUGCCCGCUCGUUCGCUGAUACUCGCGUCGCCGACUCGCCAAGCUCGGAGCGCUCAGAUUCCAAAAGACAGUCGAUCGAUAAGAGCUUAGGUCGGUUGGUGAUAAACGAGGAUCGCAGCAGAUACGUCAGCAAUACAUUCUGGACAGGCAUGAGUGAGGAGAUCGCCGAGAUGCAGGACUUGCUGGAUCUGUCCACAACCGAUGAGGAGGACGAAAGCAACUCGCCUGUGCAGGACCGCCAGACUGGGAGCCAUCAAGGCUUCCUCUUUGGCUACUCCUCCAUCAAGCUCGAUUUGAGAGAGUUGCACCCGAGUCCCAGCCAGAUAUUCAUCCUGUGGGAAGUCUUCAAGGAGAAUGUCGACCCGGUGGUGCGCAUGCUUCAUCGCCCAACCGCCAGAACCAUUUUGAUGAAUGCGGCGAGCAGUCUUGAUCGAGUGUCAAGACCUGCGGAAGCCUUGUUGUUUUCCAUAUACUACGGGGCAGUGGUGAGCAUGACCCAUGAACAGUGCCGACAACUAUUGGACGAGGAUAAGGAAUUGCUACUCAAGAGAUACCGCUUCGCGACAGAACAGGCCUUGGCUCGGGCGGACUUCCUUAACAGCUCGAGUCUGAUGUGUCUGCAGGCAUUUGCUUUCUUUCUGGUGUUUGUGAGGCACGUUGACGAGUCUCGUUCAGUAUGGGCUCUGGGAGGCCUUGCAAUUCAUUUGGCGCAAUCACUGGGCAUCCACCGCGACGGGACCAAUUUCGGACUCAGCCCCUUCGACACAGAGAUGAGACGACGAUUAUGGUGGCACCUGUCUCUCAUGGAUAACAGAGCUGCGGAGGAUCACGGCACAGACCCUACCUUCAGCGAACAAUUUUACGAUACCAAACUUCCCAUGAACUACAAUGAUGAUGACAUCUAUCCGGGCAUGAAAGAGUACCCGCCCGAAAGACAGACUGCUACUGAAAUGACCUUCUGCCUGAUCCGCUCGGAGCUCAGCAUCUUGCCACGGCGGCUCAAUUUCACCGCUCCGGGUGCAAUGCCUGGUCAGACGCAAGAGAUGACCCUGGAGCAGAAAGAAAAGAUGAUCGACGAAUGUCAUCGGCAUUUGGAGGAGAAGUAUCUUCAUUACUGCGACCCCAACGUGCCCAUACAUUGGGUCGCGGCCACAGUGGCGCGACUCAUUCUAGCUAAGAUGUGGCUAUCCAUCCACCACCCGCGCUCGUUUGGCUCACCGACAGGCGACGCAUUGUUGCCGCAGGAAGUCCGGGAUCGUGUCUUCAUCACAUCCGUAGAGGUGCUUGAGUUCACGCAUUUACUGGAGCAGAACGAAAAGACGGCCAAAUGGGGUUGGUUCUUCCGUACUUACAUGCAAUGGCAAUCGGUGGCAUUUGCGCUGUCGGAAAUUUGUGCCAGACCACCUGGCCCUGAGGUUGACCGAGCAUGGAGGGCGGUUGAAGCAGUAUACGACGAGAGAGUCAUCAAGAACUCCAAGUUCCAGAGGGGCAUGUUAUGGAAACCACUGCGGCAUCUGAUGGCCAGAGCCCAAGAGCUAAGAAAGGCUCAACAGGCCGCUCGGGCGGCAGAAAAUGAUACCUUCUUCAGAGACGUAGGAAGCUCAACAACAGUGGAAACGUUUACACAGGACUAUCCCGACAACGUGGUUUCCCUCACGUUGGAUGCAUUCAGCAUGGGGCUUGACGAGCCCUUUUCGGCAGAUGUGCCAGUGCAGCCGAUGACUUCGGGUUCGCCCCAAGGUACAACGGCCAUGCAUGCAACAGCUGCUGGGACCUUCUCACAGGAUGGGUCCAGUGAUACGAGUUUGACGCCUGGACAAUUGUCGCUUUCCACUAAUGAAAUUCUGAAGUUUGGGUGGUCUCCUUCGUUGGGCGAUUUCGCAGGCCGCCAGGAGCCAUUUCAACGCUUUUUUAUGAAUGUCCAGGAAGAAUGGUUCUGA